CCUCAGGACCAUCCCAUGCCGGUGGAACCCCCUCCGAAAGAGUACCAGCGGCUUGCAAUAAGAGAUUUCGAGGAGCGGGACCAGCCCUUUCUCAUCGAAAAAACCGAGUCAAAUACCUCCACCAGAAGUCGAGUUAUAUCAGAAAACCCAAGCAAGGCAGCCGACCUAGAAACCGAAGAUAUUGAUUCGAAGGUCACUGUCGAAGGCCAUUUCUCACCAGAGAGUCCAGCUGGAUCAACUGAAGCUGCGGAUUCAGAAGCCCUUCCCCUAGAUGAUCAAGUAGCUCUGAUUUUGUCUUCUGUACGGACUUGGAUAGAGACAUGCAAAGCAGAUCAUCCCGCAUGUGGCUCGUCUCGAAAAGCCCCUACUACUUUACCUACUAGGGUUAUUGAUGUCGGCCAAGCAAAUGAAAUAGACUCAAUCCGUCUUAUCGAGACCGACGGAAAGCAGGGAGAAUACGCCGCUCUUUCGUACUGCUGGGGGACCUCAGGAUCCAAUUACGGCACUACCAUCAACAGCCUGGAAGAGCAUAAGGAACGCAUACCAUGGAACCGUCUGGCGCGGACGAUCCAAGAAGCGAUUCUCGUCACCAGAGAGCUCGGCCUUCAAUACCUAUAUGUCGAUGCAUUAUGCAUCAUUCAGAAGACGCUGUUGGAAGACGACAGUGGCGUUAGGACGCAUUCAGGGGACUGGGCCGUCGAAGCUGGGAAAAUGGCUUCAGUCUACCAGAACGCGUUCAUAACGAUUGCGGCUGCCUCAGCUGCCGACUGCCGGGACGGAUUUUUAUUACGAAAUGAUUGGUUUACACCAGACAGUAAGUUGGAUGAAGACACUUGCACGUGGAAAGUUUUCGAGUCUCCACUCCACGAUCGGGCUUGGGCCUUUCAAGAGGACCUUCUUUCUCGUAAAACGGUGACUUUUUGCGCACCAGUACUCCAGUGGUGCUGCAAGAGUACUGAGGCUCAGAAGGUAGUCCAUGAAGAAUAUGACCUGGUUGGCGGUGGCUGGGUACUAAGGUCCAAUGGACCUUUAUCUCAGAUCCGUUGGUGGCUAUGGAUUGUAUAUUACACAAAAAGGAAACUGACCUACGAGUCCGAUCGGUUGGCGGCAGUCUCCGGGGUGGUAGAGUACUUCGCCCAGCAAACCAACGAUCUACCAGUUCUAGGGCUUUGGAAAAGUGAUUUGAUCGUCGGAUUACUUUGGAAUACCACAAUACCUGGAACACGGAACCGCAGCAAAGAGUUCUCUAUGCCAACAUGGUCAUGGCUGUCAGUCAACGAAAUAAUUCACCAUCGACGCUGCAAAGAUGCAAAAGACGUCAAGUAUGUACUAGAUGUCGAGGUUGAAAAGUUCCAAUGCGACUGGGAUGGACCUGAAAUGACUGGACGACUUCUACGCACGGAUCUCGUAAUCCGAGGCUGUCUAGAAAUAGCUCAAGUGCAUGAGAUCCCAUGGGACCACGAUGACUGGCUGCGCACAACAUUUCAUGAACGUUACGUGGUGAUGCCCCGGCUUCUAUUGCUUGCGAAAGGAGGGCAGCAUGUUGAGGGUGAAAGCUCGAACACUACAAAGCACCGCAAUGCAGGCUACUGCAUGAUUGAUCUCAAAAGCGACUACGAAUCGUUAAUUCAAGAGGGCGCGGUGGUUUUCUGCCUCCAGAUUGCUAUCCGACCGCAGACUCAGCAUUCUUGGGCUUCUAGCCCUGCUGUUUAUAUUACGACUGAUCCGAUUAGGGAAGUCCUGCUUCUCAAAAAAUCUGAAAAGAGCACGAAUACCUACGAAAGGAUUGGAGCAGGCCGAAUUUAUGUGAAGGAUUUCUUGGACUUUUUUAAAGGACCUAGAGAAAGCAUAAGGCUCGUGUAAGGAACUUGUCUGUAGUACCGAUUGUACCGAAAGUCUGAGCUAUGUUUAACGCACCUUGGAGGUGUACACGCAUAA